GACGCUUUCCGAACAUGGCGACAAGUCAGCAGUGGGUUUUGGUGGAAAUGGUACAGGCGUUUUACGAGGCACCUGCAUACCAUUUGAUACUGGAAGGGAUUCUGAUAUUAUGGAUUAUCAGACUCAUAUUUUCAAAGACAUACAAACUGCAGGAGCGCUCAGACCUCACAGAAAAGGAGAAAGAAGAAUUGAUUGAUGAGUGGCGCCCAGAGCCUCUUGUUCCUCCAGUCUCUAAAGAUCAUCCAGCUCUCAACUAUAACAUUGUUUCAGGGCCCCCAAGUCACAAGAUUGUUGUAAAUGGAAAAGAAUGCAUAAAUUUUGCAUCAUUUAAUUUCCUCGGUCUUCUAGAUAAUGACAGAGUUAAGAGUGCAGCUCUUGCUUCUCUAAGAAAGUAUGGUGUUGGAACCUGUGGACCAAGGGGAUUUUAUGGUACUUUUGAUGUGCAUUUAGAGCUAGAAGAAAGAUUGGCAAAAUUUAUGAAGACUGAAGAGGCUAUAAUUUAUUCCUAUGGGUUUGCAACUAUUGCCAGUGCAAUCCCAGCAUAUUCUAAAAGAGGAGAUAUUGUAUUUGUCGAUGAGGCUGCAUGUUUUGCUAUUCAAAAAGGCUUACAAGCAUCACGAAGCAGUAUCAAGUACUUUAAACAUAAUGAUAUGGAUGACUUGGAGAGAUUACUAAAGGAGCAGGAGCUGGAGGAUCAGAAGAAUCCCCGGAAAGCUUCUGUGACAAGGAGAUUUAUUGUUGCAGAAGGAUUGUAUAUGAACACUGGUGAUAUUUGUCCUCUUCCUAAACUGGUUGAACUGAAGUAUAAGUACAAAGUAAGGAUAUUUCUGGAAGAAAGCCUCUCUUUUGGUGUUUUAGGGGAACAUGGGCGAGGAGUUACAGAACACUUUGGAAUAAAUAUUGAUGACAUUGACCUCAUUAGUGCUAAUAUGGAGAAUGCAUUGGCUUCAAUUGGAGGAUUUUGCUGUGGCCGAUCUUUUGUAAUCGAUCACCAGCGACUGUCUGGUCAAGGUUACUGCUUCUCUGCAUCUUUGCCUCCUCUCCUGGCUUCUGCAGCUAUCGAAGGUCUUAACAUCAUGGAGGAAAACUCAGAGUUAUUUGAUACCCUAAGGGUCAAGUGCAAGCGAAUUCAUAAAGCUUUGCAGGGAAUUUGUGGUUUAAAGGUGGUAGGUGAGAGCUUCUCUCCUGCAUUUCACCUGCAACUAGAAAAGAGCACGGGAUGCCGUGAAAAAGAUAUGAAAUUGCUCCAAAAUAUAAUAGAUCAUUGUAUGAAUAGGAAAAUUGCAUUGACUCUGGCUCGUUAUUUGGAAAAAGAAGAGAAGUUUCUUCCUACUCCGAGCAUUAGGGUGGUAGUGACGGUGGAGCAAACAGAUGAAGAGUUGGAUACAGCUGCAUCGGUUAUUAAACAAGCUGCAUCAUUGAUCCUGGAUUAAAUGCCUUUUUGGAACCAAUUUUAAUCUCAUAUAUUCAGCACCCAGGUUGCCUUUUCUAAAUGGAUACAUUCCAUGUAUAAAGGAGGAAAGAGCCUGCUGAACUUGCAAAACAUAUAGAGAAAACCAAAAAUUAAAAGGGAACUGUCGUUAUUUUAAAAAUGCAAUAAACAAGACUUAUUUUUAUAGUUUUUUAUAAAUGUUUUAUUUAGUAUGUUUGCUCACAAGCAAAUAAAACAAUUUAGCCAUGCUGUUUGUCAGUAGUGCAUCACUAUUGGCUGACUCAUGCUGGAAACAGCCAAUUAGAGCAUGUCUAUCAGUGAUGUACAGCAUGAGUGUAUGUGUGAGUUGAUAAACCUAACGUUUUUCUCUGCCUGCAACAAAGUGUUAAAACUUAUAAAGAACUGUAAAAUAAACAACAAAAAACUACAUGUGAAACAUAUUUAUAAAACAUCCACUUGAUUUUAGUGGGAUUUAUUUUUAGAAUAGCAACAGUUCCCCUUUAAAUAUAUAUGGUGCGUGCAAUUAUCUUGAUAUGCACCUCUUUUUUUAUUAAUACAUUUUCUUUGUUAUUUUUGUACUUUUUCCCCUUCCUGAUGAUAAGCAAAUAAGACUGUUCUCACCGGCCCAUUCUGAAAUGUUGUAAAACAUAUGGGAUUUUUGCUACAACGACAUGAGCUCUGUUAGAGGAGAGAUAUACUAUAAAUACUUAUGUACAUGUUUUGUCUCAACUGCAGAUAAUGUCAACAUUUGUCACAUCGAUUUAAUCCAUUUCAGACCUGGCUUUGCCUUAGGAGGUCUGCCACAAGUACAUGGGGGGAGAGACCUGUAGCUUUAGUUUAUACUGCUAUUAUCAUUCCCUCAAGAAACAUUCUUCUGCCCCUUCCAUGGAGUGGUAAGGGCCGAUGAUCAUGUCAUUAGUUCACAUAAGUUUCUAGGUACAUGUAAAAAAUUUCUAUAAUUGCACUGGAUUUAAAAAAAAAUAUCCAAAGCAGAAAUGUUCAUGCCAUAGAAAGUGCUACAGAAACCAUUUCUAUUGUGUUUUCUUUUGUAUGCUAUUUUGUUUAAUUCUUCUUUUAAUCUUCACCUUGUCUUCUAAGGCUAAGCUAACAUUUUGUUUUAUAUUGCUGUUGAUUACUGCAGUACAGUGUCCUGAAAAUAUCCACUGAGUGAAUUUUAUAUUUAAGAGGAAAAGGGUAUUUCCUACGGCAAACAUAUUGUAUCAUUAGCAUUUUUUACAAGAAUUAUGAAACGUUUAUGGUUUUUGUAUAUAAAUGAUUCUGGCAGAAAAUAAUUUAUAAAUAAUACUUAGAAUAUUGUAUUGACUACUUUCACAUUGUUUUCGAGCAUUCCUGAGUACUGUGUCAGCCAUAACUACUUUUUUUUCCCCUUCUGUUUCCUAUUAGCUAGGCAUGAACUCUGGCCAUAAUUUUAGGGUUCAGCCAAAUAGCCAGUGCAUUACUAGAAAUUUUGCUGCCUAAUGAACUGAAUAAUAACUUGCAUAUUAAUUGUGCAGAAUGAGCCUUCGUGACUAAAGUUUUUAUCAGGGUUUUUUUUGUAAUAUUUCUGAGGUAUCCUCACUUUCUGGGGAGACAUAAAAAAUUGAAAUGGGCCCGAGGCCAAUUAUUUAUAUAAUCCUAAUGAAAUACAUUUCCUUUUGCUAAAUGAGAGCUACUCUGUAGUAUGCGCCAAUGAUAUCUUGAGCAUAAGAGUGAAUGAUGGAGGUUGGAACUGCGGACAGUUUGCACUUCAGACCAAUAUGGGGACAUUCUGCAGAGCUGUAUUUUUUUUACACAUUCCUUGUGAGAAAUGCUAUGUAUAUACAAAAAUAUAAAUAUAUGCACACACUAAUGACAGACAAUUUAACUGUAAUUACUUUAUCUCAAUGUAAUUCUAUUUCACCUAAAUAGUUUUUCCUUUGUAUUUGAAUGUUUCUGUACUGUACCACCUUUGGAAUGCUUUUUAAUAUGUGCCUUUUUUUUGUUGCUGCUAAACAGAAUAAAAACGUUCAAAUAGAUUCUA